AUGAGCUCUUACUACGACCCCCACGACGAGGGCAUUGGCCCUUUCGACGUGGAUCCCAAUCAAAAUUCCCAACCCAAGGCUCCAGGUAGGAUACCUUCUCUCUACCCAAUGACCGUUCAGGAGUUCCGCUCUAUCCGCACCGAUUUUGUGGCCAAGUUCAAGGCAUGGCGCGGCGGUUCUUCGGGAAAGACCACCGCGGACAUGGCCGAGAUUCUCGAGUACAUGGCAGAUGAUUUCGAUCACUUCAAGACUGCCGCUAUUCCCAACACGACCAAGCCCUGUUUCCGUCCCAAGUGCGAUAUGAUCAAGCACGAAGUUCUACAACUAAUCCAGAAGCUCAAGGGUAGCCGGGAAUUGACCCUCGAGAUCGAGGAGAACAUGGCUUACAUUGGCAGCGCUAUCGGUAGACUCACGCUCGAAGGUGAAUCUGACGACGAUGCGAUGGAUGAGACUCUUAGGUUUGUUAAAAUCCAUGAGCAAAAUGUGUGGGAUAUGCCCGAGAUGGGAUUUACCCAGGACGCCGAGGGACUUCGCACUAGACUCUGGACGGUCUAUACCAACGUCAACUUCUCCAUGUCCGGCUGUCGCUGCUUCCAGUGUGCAAUGUACUGGCGUGGUUAA